UGCAGCGGGACAAGAGACGCGCUCACUCUUACGCGUAGUUUGCGUUGGGUCGUCUGGAAAGAAGAAUUGCGAGAAACCCGAGGAAGAGGAGCCAAAGGUUCUAGAUGCACCUGGCAGCACCUGAGCUGCGGAAGGAUUCCUUCGAGGACAGCCGAGGCCGAAAAUAAUUUUGUAAUAAGGUUUAUUGUUAAAGCUGCUGAAGACAAGCCCACUACCCUGCAGCACAGUCCUCGUGUGUAGGAAUCAAUACAUUUUAGAGGUAGAAAAGGUCAAAGAAGCGGAUUAAAGUGCAGAAAGGUAAAACCUCCAAAAUAAGAUGUACGCGCAUCUUCCAUUUGUUUUCUAGGAUCACCUGUUGUCUCUCUUGUACUACAGGGAUAUUUGUUGUCAGACAGACUGCAGGUUAACUAUCACAUGCCUGGUGGCAGUCACCCAUUUCACUUCAAUGGAGAGGUGCAGUUGCAGAAGAGAACAUGGUAGAAGUCUCCAUUUCCUGGGAGAUAGCCUAGCCUAGCUCAGGUCACCACCGCUGCCCCAGCUGGAGCGUGCCCCCCUCCCGGCCCAGUCCAUCCUCUCCUGCACUCUGCAAAACACCCUUCCCCUCGCUGCUACCUCUUCACAGUCAGCGGCCAUGGCAUCAGUGCGCUUUACAGUGACGCCCACCAAGGCGGAGGACCUUCCAGGGCUGUCUGACACGUCGCCUGACAUGAGCUCCCGCUCUGGAGCCCGCGUGUGCUUCGGGUCCAGAGAGAGCGUCAAUCGAAGCGACCCGCUGAGCGAGGGGUCGGGAGCCGUGACAGCUGCUGGGGGAGAAACGCCCGACUAUAGCAACACGGAUCCAGGUGAUGGAAAUUCCAAAAUCUCCAGUGUGUACAUCAACAACACUCAUGGGAUGGAUGAUGACGACUUCUACGACAGAAACCUGGCCCUUUUUGAGGAGGAGAUGGACACUCGGCCGAAGGUGUCUUCCCUGCUCAACCGCUUGGCCAACUACACCAACCUGACGCAGGGGGCCAAGGAGCACGAGGAGGCCGAGAGCAUCGGCGAGAAGAGGAAGCCCACCAAGUCGCCGCAGAUGGGGACGUUCAUGGGCGUGUACCUGCCCUGCCUCCAGAACAUCUUUGGCGUCAUCCUGUUCCUGCGGUUGACCUGGGUGGUGGGAACUGCUGGGGUGCUGCAGGCUCUCUGCAUUGUUUUCAUAUGCUGCUGCUGUACACUGUUGACAGCGAUAUCUAUGAGUGCCAUCGCCACUAAUGGAGUUGUGCCAGCUGGAGGUUCUUACUUCAUGAUAAGUCGCUCUCUGGGUCCAGAGUUUGGUGGAGCAGUGGGCCUGUGUUUCUACCUGGGCACCACCUUUGCUGGAGCCAUGUACAUCUUGGGGGCCAUCGAAAUCCUUCUGAUGUACAUCGCACCUAAGGCAGCCAUCUUUCAUGCGGAGUACCCUGAAGGCGAAGGGGCGGCCAUGUUAAACAACAUGCGGGUCUACGGCUCCAUCUGUCUCCUCCUGAUGUCCUUGUUGGUGUUUGUGGGCGUGAAGUACGUCAACAAACUGGCUUCCAUCUUCUUGGCCUGCGUUAUCAUCUCUAUUGUUUCCAUCUAUGUGGGGGCCCUGGUCUCCGCUUUCACACCACCACAAUUCCCCGUGUGCAUGCUGGGAAAUAGGACUAUCAACGGCCAUGAGUUUCAUGACCAGUGUGCGAAAACCAUCUCUCUGAGCAGAACUCCACUGGAAAGAGACAACAUAAACUUCACAUUCGCUGAUGACAAUAGAACUGUUGGUCCAAUGCUGGAGCCCACUCCUGCUCCUACAUUGGUGAGCACCACGGGUCUAUGGAGGAUUUUCUGCCAAGGCCCAGAGUUGAACGCCUCCUGUGACGAAUACUUUGCUGCAAAUAAUCUUUCUGAGAUUGAAGGGAUUCCUGGUCUGGCCAGUGGCAUCAUAUCAGAGAACUUGUGGAGCUCCUACCUCAGCAGAGGGGAGGUCGUGGAGAAAAGGUCCCUCAGCUCCGCUCAUGUUGCACAUUCCUCAUCCACCCAUCAGCCGUACGUGUUUGCUGACAUCACCACCUCCUUCAUGCUGUUAGUUGGCAUCUUCUUUCCCUCUGUCACAGGAAUCAUGGCUGGAUCAAAUCGAUCAGGAGAUCUGAAAGACGCUCAGCGCUCCAUCCCCACUGGAACAAUCCUCGCUAUCCUCACCACCUCCGUCGUCUACCUGAGCAGCGUUGUUUUGUUUGGAGCCUGCAUUGAAGGGGUGGUCCUUAGAGACAAAUUUGGAGAUUCAGUGAAGGGGACUCUGGUGGUGGGGACUCUGGCCUGGCCCACUCCCUGGGUCAUUGUGAUUGGCUCUUUCUUCUCAACGUGUGGUGCUGGCCUGCAGUCGUUAACUGGUGCUCCCAGACUCCUGCAGGCCAUCGCCAAAGACAACAUCAUUCCCUUUCUUCGGGUCUUUGGCCACGGAAAGGUGAAUGGAGAGCCCACCUGGGCCCUCCUGCUGACAGCCCUGAUUGCUGAGUUGGGAAUCCUCAUUGCCUCCCUAGACCUGGUGGCUCCCAUCUUGACGAUGUUCUUCCUGAUGUGUUACCUGUUUGUAAACCUGGCGUGUGCUCUCCAGACCCUCCUUAGGACGCCUAACUGGAGGCCGCGCUUUUCCUACUACCACUGGUCUUUGUCAUUUUUGGGGAUGACCAUCUGUCUGGCACUCAUGUUUAUAUCCUCUUGGUACUACGCAAUCGUUGCUAUGGUGAUAGCCGGCAUGAUCUACAAGUACAUUGAGUACCAUGGAGCAGAGAAAGAGUGGGGGGACGGGAUCCGCGGUCUCUCACUUAGCGCUGCCCGUUAUGCCCUCCUGAGGUUGGAAGAGGGACCACCACACACCAAGAACUGGAGGCCUCAGCUCUUGGUGUUACUAAAACUGGACGAAGACGCCCACGUCAAGUCUCCUCGUCUGCUGACAUUUGCCAGCCAGCUGAAGGCGGGAAAGGGCCUGACCAUCGUCGGCACCGUCGUCUCUGGAAACUUCCUGCAAAGCUAUGGUGAAGCCCUCGCUGCUGAACAGACUCUGAAGCACCUGAUGGAUAAGGAGCGAGUGAAGGGCUUCUGUCAGUGCAUCGUGGCCCAGAAGCCACGUGAAGGUAUCAGCCACAUGAUCCAGUCCAGCGGCCUGGGAGGAAUGAAACCCAACACUGUGGUGAUGGGCUGGCCUCAUGCCUGGAGGCAAAGCGAGGACCCGCAGUCCUGGAAAACCUUCAUCAACACGGUGCGGGUGACCACGGCGGCCCAUCUUGCCCUGCUGGUGCCCAAAAACAUCUCUCUCUUCCCAACCAACAGCGAGCCCUGCACAGAAGGCUACAUAGACGUGUGGUGGAUCGUACAUGACGGGGGGAUGCUGAUGCUGCUGCCCUUCCUCCUGCGCCAACACAAGGUGUGGCGCAAAUGUGGGAUGCGAAUCUUCACCGUGGCCCAGAUGGAAGAUAAUUCAAUCCAGAUGAAGAAGGAUCUGGCAACUUUCCUCUAUCAUCUACGAAUCGAGGCAGAGGUGGAAGUAGUUGAGAUGCAUGACAGUGAUAUCAGUGCAUACACCUAUGAAAGGACCCUGAUGAUGGAGCAGAGGUCUCAGAUGCUUAGACAGAUGCGACUGUCCAAAUCAGACCGGGAGCGAGAGCGGGUACGUUGGAGUUUUGAUGAUGUGUAUCUGUCCCCCAGGUUCAGGAGUACAGGAGUCCUCAAUACCUCAAACACCUUCAAAGGCAACAGACAGGCCCAGCUGGUGAAAGACCGUAACUCCAUGUUGCGUCUGACGAGCAUCGGAUCAGAUGAUGAUGACGACACUGAUGGUGGCGAGCGGGACAGGGUGGGGAGUGCUGGCGGAAGCUCGGAGCACCAUCGACGAGUUCAGAUGACCUGGACCAAAGAGAAGACCUCACAAUACAGAGCCACACACUCUGGCUGCUCCACCCCCGAGGGCUUCAGAGACAUGCUCAGCAUCAGGCCGGACCACUCCAACGUCAGGCGGAUGCACACAGCCGUCAAACUCAACGAGGUCAUUGUCAACAAGUCCCACGACGCCCGGCUUGUCCUACUCAACAUGCCAGGACCCCCCAGGAACACAGAUGGAGAUGAAAACUAUAUGGAGUUCCUCGAGGUCUUAACAGAAGGACUGGAGCGUGUCCUGUUGGUCAGAGGUGGAGGAAGCGAAGUCAUCACUAUCUAUUCCUGAUUGGACAGAAGAAGCAAAGUGUUAUAAAGAAGGAGCCAGUUACAUGAGCGAGGGGAGACUGGGGCCUCCAAGCUCUGGGGAUAUGAGCUCUAGAAGAGACUGUCACUGGCUGCUGUGUCGGUCAGGACGCCCCAUACCCUGACUCUGCGCUUGUCCUUUCACCUUCACACUUUUCUGUAGUUUCCAUUCCACUUACGUUGAGCUUCAACAAAGCCAACACGGUUUUACGAUUAAGCAAGAAACAACAAACAAAUGAUCCGUGUGUGUCUGUGCAUGUGAGUAUGAAAGUCAUCUAUCUGCAGGAUGUUUGCUUUGUCAGAGGAGGGACCAGAGUUGUGUUGAGUGUGUUUUUGUACGAGGACCAACAGUGUUGAGGUUGUGUGCUCCGCCGUUUUUCUGAGGUUCUGGGUUUCGAUCAUAGUUCUCUGUGGGGCCUCAAUACCUGAAUUUUCUACUGCUGUGAAGUUUAUUACAGUAGCAUAAAAUUGGAAAAGUACCUCUACACUUCAAAAGAAGUGAGGAGUCGAGUUUUAGACCUGCUUAGUGCGACACAUUCAGACAUCUUACAAAACUUCAAAGGAAGUGGGGGUUAUUACUUAGUGACAUAUCAAUACUGACUCUUUUACUUUAAAAUCCACCAUGUCCUGUAGUAUUUGCACAAUUUUCAAAUUUGUUUUAUCUACAAUGAAGUUAAAAGACUGAACUACUUUUUUUAUUUUUGUGUUUGAACUUGCUGCUAUUUCUGAGUCGUACUAAUAAGUACUGAGGUCCAAUUCUGCCCAUAACAAAAGAUCAACAGUAAAGAAAAAAGACUCAAAACUAAAGCAUAAAAAAGUUCAGAUAUACUGUACUUUACUGUACUUAAAAUAUUGCAAUAUUGAGUAUAUUAAUUUAAAAUUUGUGCACCACAUAAAAUUAAAAAAUGAAACCACAAAUAAGAUUUAACUUAUUGAAAGAAAUGACAUAGAAAGUGAGACAGACAAUGUUUUAUAUAGAGAUAAAAAAGAAUUGGUUAACAAAUGGAUUUGAUCAUCAAAAUAAUUCCAAUUUUAAUUCAAUGUGUUUAUUCUAGUAAUUUUAACAACCCUUAGGAGUCUAGAGCUGUUGUUUGUUUUCUAUUGAUUGUUUUUUAUUGAUUUUAUUUUUGUUUUUUAUGUCACAAUAUCUUAAGCCAGUCAUGUAAUUUGACCAUGCUGGGAUGAUGGUUGACUCCUAAGGGUUAAAUCAAUAUCCUUUUUAUUAGAUAUAGAAAUACUGAAUUGGUCUUCCAUACUUUGGCAAUUUUCUGUAUGAAUUUGUUAGAUCCCAGCAAAACGAAUAAUUACAAUAAAUGCAAAGAAACCAAUCUGUGGUUUUCUAAGUUGUGCCAUAAGUUGGCCUCACAUUAGAAACACUAGGCUCCUAGUGUGUAGAUGCUAAUGUGUUGGAACAGGUUGUCAGGCUUUGGGUUUUGCUCUUGUGGUUGUAUAAAGAGAAGAUCUAAUCUGCACUGGACCAUCAUACAGACGACCACUUGCGCUGCAUGCUGUUAAAAUGUUGCUGUGACUCAGACAGAAAUGUAUGUGUGUGCGCGCAAAACAUAUGAAUGACACAUGUUCAUUUGGCACAUUAUUAUGGUGUCCGUUCCUUGGCUAUGCUGUGAUAUGUGAGCUUGUGGCCUGAGUCUCACCACUUCACCAUACACCUCAACUAAACCUACUGAGAACCUGCUCUGUCUGCGUGUAUGUGUAUGAAUGAGCUUGUUGCUUAAGUGCAGAGCGGUUAAUUACAAUUGUUUGAUUCAAGUUCUUUUUCUUAUUUUUUUACAGUGUUAUUGUGAAGGGAUUCUUUAUGUUCAUUGUUAUUUCUUGAACAUUGUUUUAUUGCUUGUACAUAACGACAAAGAUCCCAAGUUUUAUCUUUUUUUAAUUACAUUAAUAUAAAAGAAAUCUGAAAAAAGUUGCUUGAUAAAAAUAUGGAAAUAAAAUACUUUUGAAAGAAAA